AUGUCCGCGAUGGCAGCAAGUGAAGCGACAGCAAAGGAAGCGCAGCCCCCAUCGUCACCAAACAAGCCCGUCUAUCUUCCUGCGGGAAGAUACGAAUUUAAAGACUCUGGAAUUUAUAUUGGAGAGUGGUUGGAUGAGAAGGCUGUCGGGUUGGGACUCAUUACAAAGGACAAGUCCCAAGGAGAGUACACGGGAUUAUGGGAGGCCGGGUCGGAGAAAUCGGGAGUCUUCCUGUGGCCAAACGCUCCGGGUGCGAUGUACGAAGGUGAAUGGGCCUCCAAUCGAAGAAACGGCUUCGGCGUCUUCAAUCGUGAGGAUUGGGCCAUCAUGGGAAAAUUUGUAGAUGAUUUCAUAACCAUCGGCGUCAAGGGUAAGGAGAAUACUGCGGCGCGUUUCGAGGGUCGUUUUGAGAACGGACUGCCUGCCUUUGGCGUGGAGACUUAUGGUGACGGAGCUACCUGGCAUAAAAAAGCUUUGGAGGUACGUUCAUGCCUAGGCAACAGAGAGGUCUAA